AUGUCUAAAACAAAAAGUUAUGAAAAUGGAAUUAAAUCAAUGAUCACUGAAAUUAAGAACUAAAUUCAUCAAUCUUUAAGAUAAAAUAGACUCUAAAUUGUAGAAGUUAAAAAGUUUGAUUUUGAAAUUAAGUCAAAUCUACUUUCUAUUAGAUCUAAUAAUCGAAAAAUUAAUGAAAAUUAAUCAACAUUAAAUAAUUAUUCAAGAGAGAAACAAACAAAAAGGAGAUACACUCUUUAGCCCUUAAGAAAUAAUUUUUCAAGAUCCCCAAAAAUAAUAUAAGAAUCGCUAAGAAAAGACCAAAUAUCAAACAAAGAGAGAUUAAUGAAAAAGAAAAAAAUAGAAAUAAAAGCUUGGACCAUCUCAACUACAAACCCAACAGAUUGA